AUGUUUCGGCGACAUUGUGCGCUCGCCCAUUUCCUCAGUGACAACUCUGCAAAUGUAGAAUGGGUAUUAUUUCUUGAUGCUGACAUUGGAGUUGUAAAUCCAUCACGUAUGGUGGAGGAAUAUCUGCCACAAAAUACGAUGAGAGAUGGAAAAAUACAAUCGCUUCCUGAUCUUGUCUUCUACGAGCGAAUAUUUAAUGGUGAAUUUUGUGCUGGCAGCUAUAUCGCCAGGUCUCAUUAG